AUGCAUAUCUCGAAAUUCCGGAGUGAAACUUCCCUCCGAAUUACUCUUAUCAAGGAAUCUUCCCUAAUAAUCUUCUGCCACUCCGAAAACGACAUCAUCGCCUCUCUCUCCUACAUCCAGAAACACAAUCUCGAUUUUACCGUCGCCGGAGGAAGACAUAGUUAUUAUGGCGCUAGUUCCUAUAAUGGCGUAACAAUUGAUCUGGGGAAAAUGAGAAAAGUAAGCAUCGAUGAGGAAAAUAUGAAGAUUACAGCACAAGGUGGUUGUAGAGCCGCGGAUCUGGAAACGCUGCUUCAAGCGAAAGGACUAUCAGUGGUAAUGGGCUUAGCCAGUGAUACGGGAAUCGCAGGUCUAACUCUAGGUGGUGGUUCGGGCCCUUUAACUGGCCGAUACGGACUCGUGAUUGACAAUCUACUCGCGGCCCGCGUCGUAAUUGCCAAUGGGAUCGUCUUAAAUUGUUCUAAACAUGAAAAUUCAGAUCUUUUCUGGGGUAUCAGAGGAGGAGGACCAAACUUUGGUAUUGUGGUUGAAUUUACGUAUCGAGUGCAUAAGCAAGUUGAUGUAUGCCAGUAG